AGUGGAUCUUCGCUAAUCAAUAUACCUGUUUGUGAAAUGUUUUGUUGUUUGUUAGUCGAGAUCUUCGCUUAUCGCUAGAAUAAUGUAAAACAUUAAUUUUAUUACAUUUCUCGUUUAACAAAAACGUUAAGAUACACAUGGAAACAGCAGAUGGCAUGCAGAUAACAGUUUAAAUGUUAACCAUACGGAUCCCCAUCCAAAUGGAAUUACAUCCAUAUGAUGAUUAUACGACUGUUGGUAUCCUCAUUGAACUCUUAUCAAAUUAUCGUUGUAUCGCGAUUGCAACCAUUUCGGCUCCUCGUUGGCGGGUGAAGUCUGAACAUUUAUCUGACUGUUUGUUACGAAGGAUUUAUAUUUCUUUAAAAAAUAUAUUACCAAAUUGCCCGAAUCGUCCCUAUUUCUCUUUCGAUCAAAUCAAUUUACUAUGGCAUGGCGUUGCAUUUCACCUAUGCAGCUGUGUGUUACAGACACAGUUAAAUUCAUCACUCCUUCGAAUGCAUCGUGAAGAAGAAUAGCCGUUUCUUAUCAUGCUGAAUUCACCUGCUUCUAUCAGUUGCGUUAUGGAACCGGUCGGUUGAAAAAUACAAUUUAAAUGGCGAGUUCCCCUCGGGACCUGAUAACGCUGGUGUGCGUACAUUCGACAAACACCCGAAACCACCUAAAAGUUUCAAUUGUGUUGGGUCUUUGACAUAACCACGACAAACCAUAGUAUACAGUCGAGACACCAAACGGAGUAAUAGCUGCUCUAGAUCGUUUGGCUCGAUCAAGGCUAGAGAAGUGUUUGUAACAGCACAAGCUCUGCGUGCAGUCACAUUCUAACCUUGCACCCGUGCGGAUCCCAGUUCCGAGUGAGAGGUCGCGGUGCACCGUUUGUUCUAAGAGAUACCUGUGUAACCCCUUGUGUAGUGACUUUUUUUUCUUGUAGUAUAACGUGUUUUUUUUAAAUGUGUUAGUAUAAACCGGUAAGCCUACACAGAACAACAUGGGUAAAAUCGAAUGGGCACCGUUAAAUGUGCCCAUGCGCCGUCGUCUCGAAACUCUGUCCACUGCUCUGUGGAUGUGGUUGAUAUUAUUCGGUGAGCUGGGAAUGCUCAUAUCUUACUUCAUCCUGCUGAUUUAUGGAAACUUAUUUAUUAAAACUCUGUGUGUCAUCUACGGAUAUUUCAUCUACACUGAUCGUAAGAUCACCACAAACGGUGGCCGAGGACAGGGUGUAAAAUGGUUUAGAGAUCUAUUCUGGUGGAAGCUUUACCAGAGCUACUUCCCGGCGAAGCUGCACAAGACAGUUGAUCUUGAUCCAAACCGGAACUACCUAUUUGCCGCCUUUCCUCACGGCGUUCUAGGGUUGGGUGCUUUCAUUAACUUCGCAACCAAUGCAACCGGUUUCCACGACCAGUUUCCCAAAAUUCGUUCCCGUCCUGUGACGUUAAACUUCCACUUCGUAAUACCUUUCUUCCGGGAGAUACUACUCAGCUGGGGCCUAGUUUCCGCAAACCCCGAAAGCAUUCUAAGUCUGCUGAAGGCAUCGAACAAACCAGACAACCCGUUAAAUGAUGACGGCUACACAUCAAACGCUGUAGUAAUUGUGGUAGGUGGUGCAGCCGAAUCUUUACACUGCCGACCCAACAACUACACGCUAGUGUUGCGCAAACGGAAGGGCUUCUGUAAGCUUGCGAUUAAGGCUGGUACACCGAUCGUUCCGGUCAUGACGUUCGGCGAGGUGGAUCUGUUCGAUCAGCCCCCGAAUCCACCCGGUUCGAAGCUGCGUCGAUUCCAAGAGUUCGUCAAAAAUACGACCGGUAUUGCUCCUGCCGCGUUCGUCGGCCGUGGAUUCUUCCAGUAUAGUUACGGGUUGAUUCCUCGCCGGAAGCCCCUUAACACAGUCGUUGGUAAUCCUGUGGAAGUGACACAGAUAGACGAUCCUACGCACGAGCAAGUAAACGAGGUGCACGAACGCUUCUGUCGCGAGUUGGAUAAUUUGUUCGAAACCAACAAAUCACGCUUCAUCGCUGACCACAAGAAUGUGAAGCUUGUACUGGAAUAAGCUAAGAAAUAGACAAAAGGUAAAACGUAAUGCCCAUUGGACCCUACACAACACAAUGUGUAAGCAGGAUGGAACACCGUAAGAGACAGAAACACACUAUCACGAUCCUUCGCUACAACGUCUUACGCUGGCUCGUGAGUACUGUAUUAUAAUGGCACCACAUAGGACGAUCCCACCAGCGAGAUGAGCUCGUUUGCCAUUCAGAAAGCAAAGGAUUGAGACUGUACCAAAAACCGUACCAACUUUUCGAUACCUAAGAACCAAUCUGGCAUACAGUUUUGUGGUGAUAUUGCUGUCCAGUUUUGGGAGUCAAUUACUAGCGUAUAAGUAAACAUUAGGCAAACUGGGUGUUAGCAUUUAAAUUCCCUAUGCGUAAUUGUAUCCUUUUUUGGGGUUAUUUUUGUUGUUUUUCUUUCCUUUUUGUGGUUUUUUGUUGGGUAAACAAAGGGGGUUUUUUCGUUUUUUUCUGAGCAUGUUUAAGGUAACAUAUUAAAUGAAAAGGUGACAAAAAUAUCCACUUUAGAUUGUUUUUCCCGUCUAUUUUUGCCAUAUGUGUAGUUGCAUGCGACAUUGAAGUGGUGUUUGUGAGAAAUGAUUGUAAAAAUAAAUUAAACAAAACUAUAAAA